AAGGCGGGAAAAUAAAAGCAAAAGUCCCAAAUAGGGAAAAUUUCAAACUCUUUAGCAGCAAUUUUCCUCUCUGAACUGAUAAACCGUGAAAUUGGAAAUGGAGAGAAUUCAUGUGACCGUACGGUCGAGACCGCUAUCUUCAGAGGACGCAAAGACAAGCCCUUGGAGAGUCUCAGCCAAUUCCAUUUUCAUCCCCAAUCACUCCACCAAGUUCGAAUUUGAUCGGAUAUUUGGUGAGGAUUGUAAGACUGGAGAGGUUUACGAAGCUCGUACCAAAGAGAUUGUGGCGGCCGCUGUUCGUGGAUUCAAUGGUACAGUGUUUGCAUAUGGACAAACUAACAGUGGAAAGACCCAUACAAUGCGGGGUUCGGCUGCUGAACCCGGUGUCAUUCCUCGUGCUGUGCAUGAUUUAUUUGACAUAAUACAACAGGAUGUGGAUCGAGAGUUUCUUCUUCGAAUGUCUUAUAUGGAAAUAUAUAAUGAAGAAAUAAAUGACUUGUUAGCCCCUGAGCAUCGAAAAUUACAGAUUCAUGAAAGUAUAGAGAGGGGAAUAUAUGUUGCUGGCUUACGAGAAGAGAUUGUUGCCUCUCCUCAGCAAGUGCUUGACUUGAUGGAGUUUGGAGAAUCCCACAGGCAUAUUGGCGAGACAAACAUGAACUUACACAGUAGUCGAUCACAUACCAUUUUUCGCAUGAUCAUUGAGAGUCGGGAUAGAACUGAAGACGGAGGUGGAGAUUCAGUUAGUUCUUGCGAUGCUGUUCGAGUAUCAGUGUUGAAUUUAGUAGACCUUGCUGGAUCAGAACGUGCUGCUAAAACUGGUGCAGAAGGUGUUCGACUAAAGGAAGGUUCCCAUAUUAAUAAAAGCUUGAUGACAUUGGGAACUGUGAUUAAAAAAUUGAGUGAAGGUGCUGAAAGUCAAGGGGGUCACGUUCCAUAUCGAGAUAGCAAACUUACACGUAUAUUGCAACCUGCUUUAGGAGGCAAUGCAAAUACAGCUAUAAUAUGCAAUAUCACACUUGCACAGAUUCAUGCAGAUGAAACUAAGAGCAGCCUUCAGUUUGCAAGCAGGGCAUUGCGUGUUACAAAUUGUGCUCGUGUGAAUGAGAUAUUAACUGAUGCUGCUCUGCUAAAGCGGCAAAAGAAAGAGAUAGAGGAGCUUCGAGCCAAAUUGCAGGGUUCUCGCUCAGAACAUUUGGAAGAAGAGAUACUCAAUUUGCGAAACACAUUAUUGCAGUCUGAAGUGGAGAGAGAGCGGAUAGCUUUGGAACUAGAGGAGGAAAAGAAAGCACAAGUAGAACGUGAAAGGGUGUUGCAAGAGCAAGCUAAGAAAAUAAAAAACUUGAGCUCUAUGGUCUUGUACUCAAGUAGAGAUGAGAGUCGAGAUCAGGUUAAAAAGGAAAAGAGGCGAGAUACAUGGUGCCCUGGAAAUCUUGCAAGGGAGGCUGUUAAGGAGGCCUGCUCAAGUGUUCAAUCAAACUCAUCUGCACUUAAACCGACUGAAUCUAAGCGUUAUAUGGGACCACUUCUUGCUUUUGAGGAGUUGGUGAAUGAAAAUGAAACUGAAGAUGACUACCCAUGCAAACAAGAUGAAGAUUGUAAGGCUAGUGUAUUGGAAGAUUGUACUCUUCCUGAUCCAUGUGCGUUACUGCAUGUAACAAACAGGAGAAAAGGACAACCAAGAAAGAAAAGCUCCUUUGUGGAGGACAGCGAAUUAAUGGAACUGCAAAUAGAAUAUGAGGAUUUGAUUUUGAAAUAUGAAACUCAGAGAACCAUGAGUGAUAUACAAAUUGAUUGCUUAAUGAGAAAGCUGGUUGAGGCCGAAUCCCUUCACAAUAUGAAACAUAGUGAGUCUAGUGACCAUUCUGCAUUUCACGCGAACAAAACAAAUUAUGCUGACAAGAAUAUUGGGUUGAGGGAAUCUGAAGCUAUUCUUGUGAUCAAGCAACUUCAAGAGAAGAUUGAGAUAUUGGAAACAGAAAAGUCUUCAAGCCAAGAAAAUCUGAAUUGUCUUGUCGAACUUGCUACAGAGCAGAAUAUAAGUGCGAGGGAGAAGUUUGAUGAGCUUUGCAAAGAGCUUCUUAAUGCACGAGAGGAGACUAGAGUGGCUCGUGAAGAACUUGCCUACAAUGAAUCUGGGGGAAGAAAGAAUGGGGAUUGCGAUUUUGUAAUUGAGCUGUCAAAGGAAGUAGAAGAUCUGAUUUCUGAAGCUCAAGAGUCAAAAGAAGUAGCUCAAAAGCUAUCAUCCCUUGUGGAUGAGGCUUUUCAGAGUUUUUCUGCUACAAUUAAGGAAUUUCUUGAUUUCCAGGAUAUGAUGUGUCAGAGCUCUGAACAACAAAAAAUAAUUAUUACAAAUACCAAGGAAUUACAGAAUCGUACACAUCAAAGGACUUUGAAGCUUGAAAAUGAUAAGCUUCUCUUGCACAACCAAUCCAUUGAUCUGCAGAAGCAAGUGCAGGAACUAAGAGAAAAGGCUAAAAACCAUGAAGCGUCCUUAACAGAACUCUUUGAAAAGCAUGACAUGGAAAAAUUGGAGUAUCUUUCUCAUAUUCAGAGUCUUGAAAAGGAAAUAUCAUAUCUUUCAUCAGGUCCCAUGGCAAGAGAAAAUCAGAGUUUGAGUAAAGAUCUUGAGAAAACAAAAUUGAAGUUGAAAGACACCGAAUCCAAGCUUAAGAAUAUCAUCCAGGAGAAGACAAAACUUGAGGGGGAGAAAGCAAUUGCUGAACGAGAGAUCAAGCGAUUGCUUGGUCAAAAGACUCUUCUUGAGCGUGACAUCAACAAACGCGAAUCACUAGCUGGUAAGAGGCGUGAUUCAGUUUUUGAUAGGAAUGCAAAGGUGUUUGAUCCAAAAAAGGCAAAAGCUGAACAGAUAAUGCAGGAAGAUUAUAAAAAGUUGGAGGUUCUUGCUUUUGAAAUGGAGACAACUAUAGCUUCCUUGGAAGAGGAAUUAGCAGCUGCACGCAGGGACAGGGAAGAGGCUAUAUCUAGAAGUGAAGAUUUGGCUUUAGAAUUUGAGGUCCUGACAGAAAAAUUGGAUAUAUCAAGCUCAGAAAUAAAUGCUCUGCAAGAAGAACUUUCUAGCCUUAAACUUAUUUUGGAACAAUCUAAUUCUAGCCAGCAAGGAAUGGAAGCCUCCAUUAAGAGUUUGCUUGCAGAAAAGGAAGAAUUGGCAAUGCAACUUACUAAUUCACUAUUGGAAAUGGAGGAAGAAAAGGCAAUACAGUGUGCUAGAGAGAAGGCUUCAAUUGAAGCUAUUGAAGAGAAAAGAAAGUUAUACAAUUCUGAGAUAACAUUGUUAUCAGAAAAAUUGUCUGAGGUGACGGAAGAAUUGGAGUUGUGCAGAAAAGAAUGCAAUGACCUCAGGGAAAGAUUAACAGACUGCGAUGAAAGAGCAGAACUGGAGAAAAAAUGCAGUAUUGAGAAGUCUUUGGAGAUUGACCAGCUUAAAAGUGACAUAGAAAACAUUUACGCCGAAAGCAAACAAACCCAGCAAACACUGAAGUCAAACGUGGAAAAGCUUUCUUUGGAGCUUCAACAUGCGCAAGAGGAACUGAGUAUUAUCAAAAGAGAACGAGACAAUUUAUCAGCCAAAAUUGAACAGUUGGUCACUGAGCCUCAGCUCUCGGACGAGCUCCAGAUUCUUCAAAAUCAACUUCUGGACAUUUCAACAGAAAGGGAUGAACUAAAGACACAUAUCGAGGAACUGACCAGCAAAUUAUCCUGCCUCGGAAAGGAAAAUCUUAAAAACGAUUCUAAUGAGAAUCUUAAAGAUCAACUUCUGUACAUUUCAACAGAAAGGGAUAAACUAAAGACACAAAUCGAGGAACUGACUAGCAGAUUAUCCUGCGUCGAAGCGGAAAAUCUUAAAAAUGAUUCUAAUGACAUGUUAGUGGAGGCUAAAGUUCGAGUCGAGGAACUGGCUAGCAGAUUAUCUUGCAUGGAAGUCAAGAUGCAUAAUGAUCAUGUCAACAAUGGUAAGGAAAUGGCAAAACUUAGAAUGAGGCUUCGUGGAACGCAAGCGCAGUUGGAUGCUUUCCGUUACCGAUACAAAAAAGCCAUGGAUGAGUCGGAUAUCAUGAACCGGAACUUCGAGGAAGCUUCGACGAACUUGAAGGAAAGGUUAGCAUCAAAGGCAAUUGAGGUACUCAAUCUUAAGAAGCAGCUUGCUUCUGCAGCCUCAAGCCAAUAAUCCAAUCAUCUCUCCCUUCCCUUGUAAGUGUUUCAAAUUUAAUAACUUUAGAACUGCAUUAUUUUUUGCACUGAUUAAGAGGUCAUUUUAGAUUGUCUUUUUGCCCUUUUGAAAUGCGUAGUUGAUAGUUUUUACCACGGGGGCAAAAAAAUGUCUUUGAUUCAAACACCAAGUUAACUAGUAGUAUAUAGUAGUACAUUUAAUAAAAUUAUUUUUCUUUUUUAAAAUAAAA